CCUGCACCGAGCCCUGCUGCUGUUGCAAGCUCCGGGAAUGCUUUCUGUCACGAAGCGGGUGUCUCGGUUGGUACCGAGGGUCACUCAGCCUCGCGAACGCCUGUGGGGCUUCUCGGGAAAAGUGUUGCUGCCGGGGAUUUAAAAUAAAAACACUAGAGGAGUCGCCUUUUGGGAUGUUGCAGCGCGGUGGAGUCUGUUGAAGUGGGGCCGGUGCUUUGGAGGCUUGGCUGCUCUCAGGUACCGCGGUGGGUGUUGAACAGUGGGACUUGAAACCUCUGAAAGUUCCGUGACAAUAAAGCUGCUCUGGUUUCCUUCGGAAUCUGAUGGAAAUCUGCUGAGGGGCACCAAACAUUUCUGAAGCGGCUUGGAUUCAGCGUCUGUUUGCAGAGAGCCUGUCCCUGGACUGUUGUCUCUGCUAGGACUCAAAGAAUCAAAAGUUUCUCGUGGAAAAUGUUGUAAGCUGCGGUUUUUCAAAGUUGUAGUAAGGUAUCAACAAAAAGGAGUUGGUGCCCAUUGUGGAUUGCUGCCAACCAACAUCUUAUAUAGGCUGAAAAUCUUUGAGUAAUAAACAUCUCAAUGUGGUAUGUUGGCAAAAGAGAAGACCCGAGACUGUCACAGAAAGUGAAAGAUGAAGCCUCUUGUUUUCUUGGUUCUUGUGAUCUGUACUGUAGUCAGCAUGAAUUUGAAGUUCGUGUCAAAGAGAAAUUCUGUUGAUGGUUGCAUUGACUGGUCAGUGGAUCUCAAGACAUACAUGGCUUUGGCAGGUGAACCAGUCCGAGUGAAAUGUGCCCUUUUCUACAGCUAUAUCAGAACUAAUUAUAGCAUGGCCCAAAGCACAGGUCUUAGGCUUAUGUGGUACAAAAACAAAGGAGAUUUAGAAGAACCCAUUAUAUUUUCCGAAGUUAGGAUGAGCAAGGAUGAAGAUUCCAUAUGGUUUCACUCGGUUGAGCUGCAAGACAGUGGUUUCUACACGUGUGUUCUGAGAAACUCAACAUAUUGCAUGAAGGUGUCCAUGUCCUUGACUGUAGCUGAGAAUGAAUCUGGGCUUUGCUACAACAGCAAGAUCAGAUAUCUGGAAAAAUCAGAAGUCACUAAGAGAAAGACAAUCUCCUGUCCUGAUAUUGAAGAUUACAAAACAGCCAAUCAAGAGCCAGAUGUGGUGUGGUACAAGGAAUGUGAGCCAAAAAUGUGGAGAAACGUUGUAAUUCAGAAGGGAAAUACUCUCUUAAUUCAAGAGGUCCAGGAAGAAGAUGGAGGAAAUUAUACCUGUGAACUAAAAUUUGAAGGCAAGCUUAUACGAAGGACGGUUGAAUUGAAGGUUACUGCUUUGCUCACAGACAAACCUCCAAAGCCAUUGUUCCCCAUGGAGAACCAGCCAACUGUUAUAGAUGUCCAGCUGGGUAAGUCCCCUUCUGGGAAUAAUAGAUCCUAA